GCGAGGAGCAGCAACAGCAGCGGGGUGGUGAGGUUUCAAUGGAGACCAGACUGAUAAAGGGGGCACAAGAAGGAUGAUGAUAGACUCAGCCGACACCCCACAGCGCAUAUAAGAUGAAAAGGAGGAGCCUGGAUAUUGGAACACAGUUGCAACGAGCUGUUUGUUGACAUUUGCAGCAACUGGACUGCGGUCAGCGUGGCGAAGCUGCACUGUCUCACUCUGAGCACGGCAUACGUCACACACGAGGCGCAGCACCAUUACACCACCGGCCUCACCACCAGCACUAUUUCCACGUGGCAAUUGGCCUUCAUGUCAUCGCGCUCCCUUCUCAACCGGUCGCACGAGUGAGUAUGGCACCAUCUACUGGCUCAGCUCACACACUGCAUGCAUGCACGCACGCCCACACAUACGCAUUAGCAAGUACCAACCGCGAGCGAUCCACCACGCAUUACAUAUGGAAGCCCCCGAAAAGCAUUUCUUGCAUGCUACGUCAUAUCACGCAUCUGCAUUGGCCUCUCCGACUCGUCGUAUCUCCAAAAUCGAUGAUCUGCAACAUGUCGGUAGCAAGACUCCUUCCUUGCGAGCAUCGACACGCUCGACUUCGCUUAUCAUCACUAUCAUCGUGUUCAUCGUCAUCAUUGCUGCCACCGUCGCCAUCCGACGCGCGCUCCGCCGGCGGUCGGUCCGCACAUAGUCUGGACUCUGAUGGCGCGAAGGUGAUCUCGUCGCGACCGUCAAGGAGACCGGGCCCCGUUCCAUUCCAACUUGGCGCUGCGCCUAACCGUACGACGCUGUACCAGUCACGUACGGACUAUACGUCAAGGUUCACUAUCACCAUUCACUUCUUCCACUGCACAGCAAAGGAAACGCGCAUGGAAAGGGGCGAGGGGGAAAGAAAGAGAGGACGAACAGUGGAAUGGAGUUGUGGGCGGCGAAGACGACAGUCGAACGAGUAGAGUAAUUCGAUAUAUAGAGAAGAC